AUGCAAGUGCCGGUUCUCGGCUGCACUUUCCUCACGCUGUCAGAUCGUGAGGAAAGUACUGCCGAGAACCGGCAGUUAUCAGAGCGGGGAUCGGCACCGAUCAUCAGGGCACUGAUGAUCAGUGCCCUGAUGAUCGGUGCCCAGCAGUGACACCCGCAAGUUCCGCCCACCUGUGCCCAGCAUGCCACAUACCUGUGCCCAGCAGUGCCACUGCCCAGCAGUGCCACCCACCUGUGCCCAGCAGUGCCACCCACCUGUGCCCAGCAGUGCCACCCACCUGUGCCCAGCAGUGCCACCCACCUGUGCCCACCCACCAGUGCCCACCCACCAGUGCUGCCAGUCAGUGCCCAGGGGUUGUGCCAGUCAGUGCCGCCAGUCAGUGCCCAUCAGUGAUGCCAGUCAGUGC